CGGAACUUCUGGGCGUCGCUGCUGCUGCGCGCCGGGGACAAGGCGGGGCGCGCGGGCGCCGUUGCGGGGCUGCCCCCCUACCACCGGCGCGUCGGCAUGGUCCAGGAGCUGCUGCGGAUGGUGCGCCAGGGCCGGCGGGAGGAGGCGGGGACGCUGCUCCAACACCUGCGCCAGGACCUGGGCAUGGAGUCGACCUCCCUGGACGACGUUCUGUACCGCUACGCCAGCUUCAGGAACCUGGUGGACCCCAUCACACACGACCUCAUCAUCAGCCUGGCCCGCUACAUUCACUGCCCCAAGCCGGAAGGCGAUGCGCUGGGCGCCAUGGAGAAGCUGUGCCGACAGCUGACCUACCACCUGAGCCCCCACUCCCAGUGGAGGCGGCACCGGGGGCUGGUGAAGAGGAAGCCCCAGGCCUGCCUCAAGGCUGUGCUGGCCGGGAGCCCUCCGGACAACACCGUGGACCUGUCAGGCAUCCCGCUGACGUCCCGUGACCUGGAGCGGGUGACCAGCUACCUGCAGCGCUGCGGGGAGCAGGUGGAUAGCGUGGAGCUGGGCUUCACAGGCCUCACGGACGACAUGGUCCUGCAGCUGCUGCCGGCGCUCAGCACACUCCCCCGCCUCACCACACUAGCGCUCAACGGCAACCGGCUGACGCGGGCCCUGCUGCGUGACCUCACCGACACCCUCAAGGACCCCAGCAAGUUCCCCAACGUCACGUGGAUCGACCUGGGCAACAACGUGGACAUCUUUUCGUUGCCCCAGCCCUUCCUGCUCAGCCUGCGCAAGCGCUCUCCGAAGCAGGGCCACCUACCCACCAUCCUGGAGCUGGGCGAGGGCCCGGGCAGCGGGGAGGAGGCCCGGGAUGGGACAGUGGGCCAGGAGGACCCUGGAGGAGGCCCUCUGGACCCUGCCAAAGACCAUGAGGGUGGGGAGACUGUAGGUGCAGUUCAGACCUGACACAGAAGUGAGGUCCUCACCAGGGAGUCCCGGUGGGGUAGGAUGACUGAGGCAGGCUAGGGGACCCCCGCCAGGGGCCUCAGGCGAUCACCUAAAAUUGGCCUGGGCAGCCCCACUCACCGGAGCCAGAUUGUAGCAUCUGGGAAGGGGCCUGUGUAAUACUUCUCUUUGGUCCUCUCCAUUCCCCCCUCUUGUCCAUCUCAUCUGCCUUUUGGCUCCUGAGAAGUCAUGUGUGGCUUGAGCUAAUGCGGGUAAGAACUUAUCCCCAGGAAUGGAGUGUAUUUCCAGCCGUACAUCUAACCCAGUAUUUCCUGAUAGAACCUUUUUUCUCUACCCUAACACCUGGCCGAAGGAGGUUGGGGUAGAGGAACUGACCAGCUCCCCAGACUCCCAAGAGCCUAGUCCCCAGAGAGGUGGUCUGCCUCCUCCCUGGGAAGCCCUGUGGGCUCCAAGGAACCCCUUCCCAGGCUCAGCCUCCACUUAAGCCCACAUGUCCACCCGGGAUUUCAGGCCCCGCCCCUGGGACCAGCCACCCUGUACUCAAUAGAGCAUCCUAGAAUGCCUACAUAAAUGGCAUGCACCCAGAAACCCCCCCAACCCCCCCACCCAGCCUGAGACUACCAGACCUUCACUAGGUUGCAGCGUUGCAAGUCAGAGUGCUUCCCUUCCAAAGGAUUUUAAAGACCUUCUCAUAGUUUCUUGUGGAGUCCCCAAAGUCAUCAAAGGUACUGGGCAAACUCCCAAAAACCUACUAAAAAACCCAAGACCAUGAAAAUGAGGUUGGAUUAUAACUCUUGGCAGCUCUAGUGCCUCCCAGCAAGAUAGCCAGGAGAUGGGGAGACACUGGAAGGUCCCAAGGUGAGUGAACAAGUGUUCUCACCCUGCCUUUCUCUUAAGACCUACCAGAUGAAGAUCCCUUCUAGGUCCCAUAAGCCCUAGAACCAAGGCAAAGAGUUCAAGUCUGGGGAGAUUGGACACCAACCUUUCAUCAACCUAAGAACAUUUACAAAUGCCCACAGUGGUGACCAGACCAUUCACGCAAAUGGCAGACAGCUGGGAAGCAUGGCCUGUCAGGCCUCUAGCCCAGUGACAGAUAGGCAAGAUCCCAACUCAGAAAGGCACCAAGACAGGUCAGGUGAAGAGCCACACUAUGGGUACCUUGCCUGCACUGCCCAGGUGUUUGGCCAAGCCUAGUGCAAAGCUUCAGGAGGUAGGCGGCUAUGCAAAAGGACACAGCCCAGAAGCAGACAAAUCAAAGGUGUGGAUGCCUUAAAUGCUUUGCUUUUAAGUCUAAAGUUGUUACAAAGGGGGAAACAGCUUAGACUGACCAUGGAGAAACUGACAAGUGCUAAUACUUGGACUGCUUAUCUGACAGCAGUGACCAAAUUUUUUUUCUUCAAAUAUACAUUUUUAAAAACCA